AUGUCGAUUUCGAAACCUGAACAAAAGCCUCCGCAGCCAAAUCCAUUUGAUUUGACUGACACUGACAUCAUUGAGAAAGUGUAUGUAUCCCACACUUACGAUGACCAAGUGUUUGACAAUGAGCCACUUUUCAAAGUGGUGUCCAGCGUCAUCAAGCUAUCAAGUCGAAUUGUUGGAGCCAUUCUUAAGAUCGACGAGCAAAAUGGGUUUACAGGAAAUCCUAUUGGCGUAAGCAUUUUCGAACCAGAAUUCUCCAAACUGAAGCUCAUGUCCUGCCAGAUGAUGACAGUCCCUUGGGGGUUGGAGAACGCACAUCAAAGCACCCUAAGGAUUCUUCAACAACUGAGAAGCUUCUCGUGGGAUGCGAAAGUGUUGAUAGCUCUAGCCGCUUUCGCUUUGGAGUAUGGAAACUUCUGGAACCUUUACCAGGCAUCAGACCCUCUGGGGAACUCGUUGAAAGUGCUGAAUCAGAUUCAGCAUCGACACCUUUCCGUGGCUGAUCUGAACUCAACAGUGAAGCUGGUGACGGAGGCCGUUGAAAAGAUCAGUCAUUGGGGAACCUUGUCCUCUGAUGAAAGCUAUGACACUGAGGAUGUGCCUGCUUUGUCAGAUGCAUUGGAGCAGAUCCCCCUUGUUGUUUACUGGCUUGUCGCUUCCCUUGUCGCUUGCAAUAGCAACAUCCAGGAUGUAUCGAAUUAUCCAUUGCUGGAAUUUCGUGCCAAACUUUCUCCCGCUCUGGAUGAGUUCACCAGGCAUCUAGAGAUAUGCGAGCAGCAGAAAGACAGUGUAGAAGAGUACCGGAGGCGUAAGAGGAACUUUAACAAGCCUAAAGACAUAGUAGACUUUUUGAAGCUUUUGAUCAAUCAAAAUGGCUCUCAGAACGCUCGAAUAUAUGAUGGCAACGCCAGAAGGAUAGUGAAUGUAGAGGUUUUCAAGGAGAAGUACGUGUUGCUGUUCAUUUCGGGGCUGGACAGAAUUGAAGACGAGAUUCGGCUUCUGAAUUCGAUUUACGAGGGACUAGUGGAGGAUCCGAAUGAGAGGAGCGGAUUCAAGAAAGAGGAGUUCAAGAUUUUGUGGAUACCGAUGGAGAGUAGGUGGGGCGAUGCACGGAGGGAAGUGUUGAACACUCUGAAGAGUAACAUAAAAUGGUAUGUGGUGGAGUACGAAGAAGGGUUGCCAGGAAGGAGGCUGAUCGAAGAGGAUCUGAAGUUCGAGGGGAAACCUAUCCUUCCAGUGGUGAAGCCACAGGGUGUGCUGCUGAACGAUGAUGCCUUGGACAUCAUCUUCGAAUGGGGGAUCGACGCGUUCCCUUUCAGAAAAUCCGACGCAUACGCGCUUGCGCAGAAAUGGAAAUGGUUCUGGGAUGAAGUGAGGAAGACAAAUCUUCAUGGGAUACAGGUGAAAGGUGAGAGGUAUAUAUUCAUAUAUGGAGGCAGUGACAAGUGGUGCAGAGAAUUCGGUGUGGCGGUGGAUAAAAUAAAGAGGCACGAAACAAUAAAGAGGGAAGAUGCAAUAAUAGAGUAUCACCAUCUGGGGAAGGAGGAUCCGAAGAUAGUUCCGAGGUUCUGGAUCGGCGUGGAAGGGAAGAGGCAGAAGAAGCACUCGGAGAAGUUGGACUGUGAGAUCCAAGGGAUUAUCAAGACUCUGCUCUGCCUUAAGCAGGACACGCAGGGAUGGGCCAUUCUCAGCAAAGGCUCCAAUGUGAAGAUAUUGGGCCACGCCCAGCCCAUGUAUCAGACUGUGGCAGACUUUGAAAAGUGGAAAGACAGAGUGCUAAUCAAAGAAGGCUUUGACAUUGCCUUCCAAGAGUACUAUGACACCAAGCGUCAUCUUCCUGCUCCUCAACCAUGCGAAUUCAACACUUUGGAUGUUCUCGCCACCAUAACAUGCCCAAAUGCCUCUUGUGGACGUGUCAUGGAGGUCACCUCUGUUAAUUACAAGUGCUGCCAUGGCAAUGUUGCUGACCAUGCCUUUAAAUCGGCAACCACCUAA